ACGUUACCAUAACUAUCUACGACAAGAAUCUUUAUCAAUUUAUCGAAUAUUUAUCAAGAAUUUUUUCGUGAGUGUAAUUUGUAUUAUAAUGAAAAGUUUAUUGUGAUUGUUAACUUUAUAAGCGUCAACUCGAUCACAUUUUGCACUUUUGAACGUUAAAUAAAGAUUUAUUGUAGGAUAAUCAUCAGUAAUGUAAUGAUUACAGCAGGGCGGCUAACAUGGAAAAAUAGGUAUUUUGAAUGACCCACUAAAAGUUAUAAAUUGACUAUGCCUAACAAUUGAAAUUUAAAAGUUAUGAAUUGCCAUCAAAUUUUGAGCGGUGCCUGUAAUGCAGGUGAUCGUUGCUUUGCUGUUGGUAGUGUAGAAGGCGUGCCUUUUACAGCUUAUGCUGCCGGGUGCAAUAUUGUUAUUUUAGCCAGCACCUUCGAACGAGUACAAAUUAUACCUGGUGCAAUUCAUAAUUAUAUACGCAUUAGUUGCCUUGAUUGUUCUACUGAUACUGGCAAAAUAGCGGCAGCGUAUGAUAAUCAGAUAUGCGUGUUUGAACCUACACCACUAGUUUGCAAAAAUUCACCUCAUCAAUUGGACUAUAAAUGGGUAGAAACAGCUAGUUGGCAAACUGCAUGUCGAAUUAGUUGUUUAUCCUGGAAUUUAGAAGGUACUCGUCUAUUAACAGGAGGUAUAAUUUUACAACUAUGGCAUCAACAACUUCCUGAUGGACCAUUAGAUGAACAUACUGGAAUGACAAGUGAUGGAGUUACCUUUGAAAUUGGCGAAGAAGCAAUACCUAUAUCAACUACGGCCUCUGAUUGUAAUGGUAUACGAGGUUGGGAAUGUGUGUGGCAAAAAGAAACAGCUACACCAGUUGUUCAUAUUGCAUUUUCUCCUGAUGGAACUUUAUUUGCCACAGCUGGCAAAGAUGAUAGGCUAGUCAAAAUUUGGUUUGAAAAUAAACAAUUACUUUUUCCAUCAAAAAGUGUAGAUCAAAAUUAUUCUAUGAGUGCCAUUUCUAAUUUUGGUGAACCAAAUUAUGGUUUUGUAUAUAUAGCUCACCCACGAGCAGUAACUCAACUUUCUUGGAGAAAAACUAGCAAAUAUAUGCCAAAAGGUUCUGUGUCAAACAUGUUAGUAACAUCAUGUAGAGAUAAUAUUUGUCGUCUUUGGUCAGAAACUGUUUUACCAGAUGAUGGUCUAGUAAAUAUGAGUCAUUUUGAUCCACUAGCUGCCCACAAUCCUAGGUUUAGAACUCAUAGACAUAAGCAUAGACUUCUUCAACGUCUUAAACAUAUGAAAGCUUGUUUUCACAUUCGUAGACAUGCCAAACACCAAGGGGAAAUUGGUACAGGAUUAGCAGGAAGUACAAGUUCAACAAUACCAACAUUGCCUUCUACAUUUAGUGUACAUGAUUUCCAUAGUUAUGGUUUCCAUGGUACAGGUAUUAUUCCUGGGCUUCACUUUCAUUUAGCUGCCAGUAUAAAUGCAGAAACAGAUAUUCCAUUAGUACCUAGUUUGUCAACUACUGAUCCUGAAAGAGAGCCAAACUUUGUUUUGCAUUGGCUCAAUAAUAAAGAGAUGCAUUUUUCACUUCAAGCUGAAGCAAUUUUAAAUGAGCUUACUAAAAAAGUAGUAGAAAAAGAUGAUAUACUCAUAAAUGAUAAUUAUGUGAUGUCUGAACAUCAUGAUGUUGAAUAUAAUGAUGCAAGACGUCGACAUAACAAACUUGGUAAAGGAGUGUCACAGGAAGAAAGUGUUAGUGAUGAACAUAGCUAUCCAUCAAGCCAUCCAACUCUAAGCAAUACGACAUCUGUAAACUCUUUUACAACUGACAUAAAUCAUAUGGCUACUGAUUCUUUGGAUAAUAAAAUUGAGUGUCUUCUAAGAGAUUGGCAUCAUAGUCCAGAUUUAUUGUUUGCUGUUCAUCCUAUUGAUGGAAGUUACUUAAUUUGGGUUGUUGACUGGCUAGAUGAAUAUCACCCUGGUUCAUUUCGACAAGCACAAGUUUCUUUUUCAACUAGAAUACCAAAUGCUUUUCCUCUUGGAGAUGCAACAACUAUGUCACACAAUGUAUGUCUUUAUCACACAUCUGGAUCAAGUUUGCAACUAGCUUUCAGAGAUGUUGUUAAAACUGCUGCUGCUGCACCUAGUAGAUCCCCGAGUGAUGCUCAUGCAGCUAAUGGUGAAUAUGGUGAAUCAAGUCUUCCUAGAGUUCUAGAAGAAGAUAGUGAUUCAAUAGGUGAUAAUAAUGACUUACAUAAUCAAAAUGAUGAGCCAUCAUUAUUGACCGAAAAUGGAAAACAAGGAAGAACUACACCAUCUACUGGAGAAGACUCUGGAACAUUCAAUGAUAUAAUAUCUGCUCCACCUUGUCCUACUUUAUCGAUGGUUACUAAACAUACAAAUGGAACCCUAAAUUUAUGGCAACUUACAUUUGCUGAUAAAUCCAAAUUUUCACAAGUUUUAAGUAUUGGUCAUGCUUCUCGAGCUUCAGGUCAUCGUUUCCGUGUCAAUGAUGUAACUUGUCACCCAGUUUUACCUUUGUUAUUAACUACUUCUCAUCAUAAUUUACCUGAUCAAGAAACUCCCGUUUCACCAAUGUCUCUUUAUCCUCCAAUAGCUCAACCACCUACAGGAUUUUGCAGUGAGUUAAUACUUUGGCGAGUAGAUGCAGUAGGACCACUUUCAAAAUCUGGUGGUGUUUCAGAGCUUGCUCGUAUUAAUUCUCUUCAAAUAUCAGCAUUUUCUAAUGUUGCAUGGAUACCAACUUUAUUGCCUAGCACUACUCUGGGUACAUUGUCAAAUUCUCCUAGUGCCUGCUUUGUAGCUUCAGAUGGAGAAUGUUUAAGAGUUUAUCAAGCUGUUAUAGAUGCUAGAACAUUAUUAGCUGAAGUAUCUAGCUCAGAACACAGAAGCCGAAUGGCUGCUGAUUCCAUGAUGAGUUUGUCAACUGACGUUUCAUCAGAAACUGAAUUGAAGCAUAAUUCAUUACAUGAUAGAAUAAAAAUUGUAUCUCAACAAUCUACAUCUAGACCAGGGUGUAUUAUUCAACUUGACGCAAUAUCUGAUGCAACUCAUGAUUGGCAAAAUACUCAAUUUUUACAUGUAUUUCAAGAACAGCUAAUGACUGGAGAACGUUCAACUGGUAGAGGUUUAGUAGAUGCAAUAGGGACUUUAGAAAAUGAAGAGCCUGAUGAAGAUUUUGAAGAACCAUUUUAUUUAGUAGUAUUGGAACGCACUGUUCAUGGAACAACCGUUCAUAUGUGGCGUUUAAUAAUUGCAUCACAGCAAGAAAAUAAUUCUGCUUUAAGUGAAAGUAUGAUGUAUGUACCAGAUAGUCAGUUAGUACAAGAUGAUGAUGAAAUUGAUAAUUCAGGAAAAUUGGGUACAGCUCAUUUAAGUGGCGAAGAAACUAAUCACCCUACAUUUUCUGCAUUUGCUCCUCAUGUAUCUAUAUCAACUACAAAAAUUUGUACACAAGAACUCAAUUUACCAGAAGGAGUAGAUGUAAUUCAUGCUUCACCUGCUGGUGGCCAUUUAAGCUCUGCGUCUAUUUAUCCAGCUUGUUUUGCUCCAUAUGUAUUUGUUACAGCAUGUUCAGAUAGCACAAUACGUUUUUGGAAGUGUAAAAUUACGAAAACUAAAAACAAUGUUAGCUAUCAAUGGGUGGAAUGGGAAAUGCUUAAAAAAGAUCGUAAAUCUAUUAUCGAAAUAUCAGGCCAACCUUUAAAUAUUAGUGCAGCUUAUAGUGGCCGUAUUGCUUGUGCUUAUAAAUAUGGUAAAUCAUUUACUAGACCAUCGAAAAAAGAUCCAGAGUCGAGAUAUGUAAACUUAUGCGUGGCUAUUUAUGAAUGUGAAAGUACUGGCGGAUCAGAGUGGUUACUUGAAGAUACUAUACACAUGAAAAACAUUCAUUUACCUAAACUGCAUAUAGAUCCCAGUGUAGACAUGACUUAUCUACACGAUCAAACUAUAUUAUCAUCCAAAAAACAUAAAUUACAGUCUACAGUGUUAAAAGCUUUAUCAUCAGAAGACUUGGAUGGAACUAGUAGUAGAAAUAAUGGUAGAAAUGGAGAAAAUGAUACAAACUUAGUCAAAAGCAGUCAUGGUUUAUUGGCAGUCCCAAGUUUUAGUACUUUACAGUCGUUAAGGAAAUCUAUAAUUGAAAAUGGAAAUACAUGUCCCUUAACUCAAAAACAUAUAGUUCAAUUAGAUUGGGUAUCUAAAGAGGAUGGUUCUCAUAUAUUAACUGUUGCAGUUGGUAGCAAGAUCAUGUUGUUUACACCAGUAUCAAGUGAUUUAGCACAAGCUAACAUGAAAGCAAUGAAAGAAUCUCAAUCAGUUAAUCGUCCUAUUUUACGUAAAGCAUCUUCAUUAGUUUCACCUAGUUUUGUUGAUGAAAUAAGAUGGAUGAAACUGAGAAAAAUUGAUCUUACAACUGCUGAUAGUUUACCUCCAUUACCAAUGCAGAUGUGUUGGGUUCGUGAUGGUAUUUUAGUCGUUGGUAUGGAUAGCGAAAUGCAUGUAUAUUCACAAUGGAAACCAAAUUCAAUGGACUCUCAAAAAAAUACAAUGCCUUGUUGUAAAUUGGUGCAUCAAGAGUCAGAUGAAAUUCAAGCCACUAGAAAUCUUAGGGACGAAGAUCUUCGAACAUUAGCACAUGAAACUUCACAGAGACGACUGGCUAAUGUAAGUUCAAUGCCUCAUUUAUCAAGAGUUAGUUCAAUUAACUUAAAUAUGCUGACUGCCGAAACAAAGAAAAAAAAAUUAGGUAUUCAAAAUGGUGAUUCUACAAGUAAUAUGGAUUCAUAUAUGCCUGAUUAUGGCCUAUUUGAAGCUAGUCGUAUAGCUUGUCCUGUCCUUCCACAGUAUCAUCCAAAGCAACUUAUGGAACUUUUAAACUCUGGUAAAAUUCGAUGGGUGAAAGCUAUUCUUGCACAUUUAGUUAGAUGUAUUUCAACAACAUGUAGUGUUCGUCAAGGAGCUGUAAUGUGUUCUUAUUCAGAAGAAGAUAAUCUCACUAGACAACGUGGUUGGUCUCGAUCAAGAACUCUAUCAGUGAGCUAUGCUGGGAAUGUUACAAGCCCUUUAGAACCCAGGGGAUCAACUACAGCAAUUCCCGAAGAGCUAAUGUUAGACUAUGCUGAGAUAACUUCUAUUCCACCUUUGCCUUUAUGGACACUUCUUGCAGCUGAUAAAGAAAAUGCUAGUACAGCUUUAAAGUUAGCUGAAGAUGGAAAAGACUAUAACGAACUUUUUAAUGGAAAUAUUUCUACAUCGGAAGAUAAUUUAGAUGAUAUAUUAAAUGAUGAUGGUUCUGAAUUUGAAAACCCACAAAAAUGUGAACGGAGAUUAUCUAAUGUAACAGAAAAGCAGCAAUGUCUACUAUCACAUUUUGGUCCAAAACAAGGACAACUAUUGUCACGGUUAUUAACUCACACACACUUACCAGGCUUAUCUAGUUUAGAUCAAAUGCAUUUACUUGCUCUUGCUGAUACUGUAUCAACUUGUAAUACAGAUUUUGCUGAUCGGUUUGUUGAUAAAAAUCAAUUUUCUAAAGAUAGUUCAGUACCACAUGAAGGUGAAGUACGCUCAGAUUCUUUAGAUGAUUGUGGUCUCAGAUUCCUUUUAGCAAUGAAACAUUAUAAUUACUUGUUACGAUGUUUGGGCGUAGCCCAACGAACACAAUUUCAAAAAAGAGGAAUGUGCUCCGCAGAUAUUGCUUGGGCAUUCCAUUCUGAAAGUGAAGAAGAAUUGUUACAACUAACACCGUCAUAUGUAAGGGGUAGCCCUCGAUGGUCUGCACUUAAAGAAUUAGGAGUUGGUUGGUGGCUGAGAAAUCAAACAUUAUUACGAACUUGUAUUGAAAAAAUUGCAAAAGCUUCAUAUCAGUUGAACCAAGAUCCACUAGAUUCAGCUAUAUUUUAUCUUGCUAUGAAAAAGAAAUCUUUAGUUUGGGGUUUGUUCCGAUCUAAACGUGAUGAGCGCAUGACUCAAUUUUUCUCAAAUAACUUUUCUGAAGAUCGGUGGAGAAAAGCUGCAUUAAAAAAUGCAUUCGCCCUUCUUGGUAAGCAGCGAUUUGAACAUGCAGCUGCAUUUUUUCUUUUAGCUGGAGCUCUAAGAGAUGCUAUUGAGGUAUGUUUAAAUAAAUUAGAUGAUUUACAAUUAGCGAUGGUCAUAGCUCGCUUAUAUGAAGGAGAAAUAGAUGCUACACCUCCUAGCUUAAAACGUCUUUUAUAUGAGGAAAUUCUCGGUUGUGAUCGAAAUGGUGAAAAUCAAAGAUUAUCUAUGGCCAAUCCUGAUCCAUUUUUACGGUCAAUGGCAUUAUGGAUCCUUAAAGAUUUUACAGGAAGUCUUAAUACUUUGGUUCAAACCAAUGUUGGCACUAUGCACCCAUUAUAUAAUGAUGAAGAAAAACAAGAAACAUCAGCAGCCAAUCCUAAUGUAUUCAAUUUUUAUGUUUAUCUUCGAACUCAUCCAUUAUUAAUAAGGCAUUACUUAGCAUCUACAUAUCAAGAUAAAAAGAACCAUACAGUUGUUUUAUCUGGUUUUAGCUAUGGAUCUGAUGUUAGAUGUAACGAAACAUCAGAUAGACAAUUAAUGUUGGAAGAUUCAAUAUCUCCACUGGAGAGACAGUUAUAUUUCAAAACAGCCCAUGCUCAUUUUAAAGCUGGUUGUCCAGCUUUAGCUUUGGAGGUGUUAUCAAAAUUACCAAGUAAAAUUAUGGAUCCAUCUACUGAAUCUAAUAGUUCAGUCACUACUCCAACUCGUAAUCGUGAUGUGUGCAUAGAUACUGGUAUAUUAAGUUGGGAAACUGAACAAAACAAUCCUACCGAAUGUGUGAAUUUAAAUGUGUCCUUAAGAAAUCCAGUCACAUCAGAUGAAAUAGAUGAUGAAUUAGUAUUAGAUUGGAGUGAUAAAGAAGAGAAGUUAGAGGAAAAUGAAGGGACUUCUGUGGAUAAAUCACAACAAAUUAUUAAACAAGAAUCAGUUGAAACCGAAAAGUCAAAAUCUUAUACAAAAGCAUGCAAUUUAGAUGUUAUGGCUCAGCAGCUCAAGUUUGUUGCUUGCUUAAAGAUUUUAAUGGAAGAGUUAUCUACAUUAGCUACUGGUUAUGAAGUAGAUGGUGGAGAAUUACGAUACCAUUUAUAUUUAUGGCUCGAAAGAGAAGUGGAUGCAUUGAGACAUUUAUGUAACUACAGUUCAAAAGAUUCUUUGAUUGUACAAUAUGAAGGAGGCCUUGAAACUUCAGUAUUAGACAACCGAGAGUACUCAGCUACACCUACUUUAAAAAAUUCAUCUGAAAAACCAACUUUACAUGACAUUCUAUUGGCUGAGAAGAUAGAUUUCGAAGCAAAGGUUGCAAGAGCUGCUAGAAGAAGAAAAUGGCUUAAAGAAAAUGAAACUCUCUUAAGAACACUUUUAAGUUAUUGUAGUUUACAUGGUGCUAGUGGGGGUGGAUUAGCAUCAGUACGUAUGGAAUUAGUUCUUUUAUUGCAAGAAUUACAGCAAGAAAAAACACAACAACAACUUUUGUCUCCAUUACCUUUCCCAACUACACUGCCUCUAUUAUCAGCUAGUGUAGCUUGUAAUAAAACAGUAAUAGCUGAUCCAGUUCGAUAUCUUCAGGCUCAAGCACAUGACAUGCUCCAAACAGUUAUAGAUAUUCGCAAUCCUCCUCUAUUAACACGUAUUGACUUGAGUGAGCUAUUUGUGUUACGAGAUUUAUCUGUUGCUUUGUCAGCUUGUAUUUAUCAAUCACUUUGUGAUAGUGAUACAAUAGCAGAAAGUUAUCAGCCUGGAGCAGAGAAUCCUACUUAUUGUAGUCAUCUCAUUGCUGCCAAAAAUAGAAAACGUCGAUAUAGUGUAGAUGAACCAAUCAAAGUUACAACAUCACCUUCUAAAUGGCCUGGAGUGUCGAGUUUAAGAGCAUUAUUAGCUCAUGAAAAAGAUGAAGAUUCACCCAAACUAAAUAUUUUGCUGUGUGAAGCUUUUGUUGCAACCUACAUGGGUUUAUUAGUAUACGCAUUUGCUACUUGUGAUUGUCAUAUAUUAUAUAGACUUGUAGGUCAGAAGUUUUCUGAAACUACUUGGAGUGUACUAUUUGGUGGAGGAGUAAAAAAAUUAUUAAAAGUGGCACCAACUGCUCCAAAAAGUUGUCCUUCGAGUUUAGAACGAGAAAAUAGUACGAGCAGUGAAGUUGGUGUAUGGACGGCUAUGACAAGUUUAACAAAACAAAAAGUACGUCUAAAUAUGAAACUUCUUGGCCAAUUUGUUGGCUCACCUGGUACACCUAAUAUAAAAGAAGAUAAACCAACAUAUAGAGAACAUUUUGUAUCGCCUGAAAUGUCAAUGAUUUCUUAUUUUUUAAACAAACCUAAUUUAGCAUCUGAAGUUCAAGAUGUUGACUAUGAUUCUGCAGAUAGUGCUGUAUCUGAUUUAUCUGAGGAUGAAGAUGAAGAUGGUGAUGUUUUUGAUAGUGGACAAGAUACUAAAAGUAAAACUGAAAAGGCAGAGAAUACUGAACAUUCAAAUCCUUAUAGUUAUGCAUGGAUGGUAAUGAGAUUAGCUAUUAUGCAACUUCUCCAAGAACAAUUACAUGCAUUCCUCACAGUAGCAGCCAUUGAUCUUCAAGAAUUACCUGUCAGUAGUCCACUAAUUCAUGGUAUUUUGAGGGUAGUAAGUCAAUGGCAAGAUAUUUUGAAAGAAGAAUUAGAAUCAAAAGGACCUCCUCCUAUUGAUUAUAUACCAGGUUGUUACAUUGAACAAGCAACUACUGGACCUCCAAUUAAUAAAUAUAGAACUUUACUGGAUAAAACAAAUACUCCUUUCCAUCCUAAGCAUUGGUCUGCUGCACCAGCCCGACGUUUAUGGAAUUAUUUAGUACGUCAAGAACUUAUUCAAGACUUAUUUAUUAGAAGUAUAUUUAGCCGUCAACCUCGUGCUGCUGGAAAUUCUACUUUAACAAGUCUAGAAGUAAAAUCUUGUUCUGGUAGUGAAACACCUAAUCAAAAUUUACCAGAUCCUGUAAGAAUAAUUCAUAAAGAACAAGAUUCAAUAUCAGCUUUCUGUUUAAAUUUGGCUAAUAGUAGCCUGCUUGCAUUAGCUACACCUCGUGAAAUUCAAGAAAUGGAUAUCUCUUUACUUCUUGAAUCUCCCUCUUGGUUAGAAGAUGAGUGCGAAUUUGAUCUUGUAAAUUUAUCCAGAGAUCAAGAACAUCAGCCAUCAAGCUUUUUAGUAAUUCAAACAUCAGUUGAUCGCCCGCUUCAAACAUCUCCUGGCACAACUGUUAUUGUUAAUCCAGUACCAAAUAGUCCAAAUGUGACUGGUCUUGCUAGCCAAACAGGACGUGGUGCAUCAGUGGUACAGCAAAAGGGCACACAAAGUUACAGCGAUGGAGGACCAAGAGUAUUUAAAAGCUCAAAAAAUAUUAUGUCGAUGAAGGGACUGAAUUUCCCUGGUUGUCAUGAUCCCCGUUUCUGUCAGUUUGUCUGUGACCGCAGUCGCCUCCUACUCAGACCGGUUAUGAAACAUCGUAUUGAUAACAUACGAAGGAUAUGUCCUCACCCAUUACUACCAGUUUAUUUGACGGGCUCACAAGAUGGUUCAGUACACAUAUGGGAAUGGGGUCAUCCUCAAACUGUUGCUGAACCACGAGCUGCUGGUACUUUUGCUAAAGUCACUAGAGUACGAUUUUCUCAACAUGGCAAUAAAUUUGGUGUAGCAGAUGGUGAUGGAAAUCUAUCAUUAUUUAAUGUUGGUCUCACUUCUUCAAAUUAUCGACCUUUUUAUACAUUCCAAUGCCAUAGUAAAGUUACUAGCGAUUUUGUAUUCCUUGGCUCAUGUAGUUUAAUUGCUACUACGGGACAUUCCUCUGAAAAUAGAAAUGUUGCUUUAUGGGAUACAUUACUUCCACAUAAAAAAUCAUUAGUCACAGCAUUUAUGUGCCAUGAACAAGGUUCAACAUGUAUAGGAUUUGCUCCACAACAUCAAGUUAUUGUAACUGGUGGACGUAAAGGAGAUAUAUGUAUAUUUGAUGUUCGUGGUGGUAGUGGUUCUAUUAAACACCGCUACCAAGGACAUGAUUCCAGUUUAAAAUGUAUGACAAUUAAUCCUCAUGAACAAUUUUAUUGUACUGGAGCAGCUGAUGGUGACAUCAAAGUUAGUGUAUACUUAUGGUAUUUUUAACAUCUAAAAAUUCUA